CGUGCAGUGCGUCAGCUUGCCGCUGGGUGAGGAGGGGAUGGACUGGAGCCGGCGGGGGUGUGAGGUGGUCACCGCGGGCAGGGACCGCACCACCUGCCGGUGCCAAUACCUGGCCAGCUUCGCCAUCCUGGCAUCACCAGCCCCUGUACAGGACCACGUUGCUCUCCACAUUAUCACGGUGGUCGGGGUGAGUGUGUCGCUCGUGGGGCUGGCAAUGGCCAUCGCCACCUUCGCCCUGUGCCGCUCGGUGCCACGGGAGACCCGGGUCAUGCACGCCAACCUCUGCCUCAGCCUCUUCCUGGCACAGCUCCUCUUUGUCACCGGCAUCAACAGCACGUCCCAUCAGGUUGUGUGUGCGCUGAUUGCUGCCUCCCUACACUACCUCUUCCUGGCUGCCUUUGCCUGGAUGUUCCUGGAGGGGCUGCAGCUCUUCCUGGUCACCAGGGAGCUGGGCAGGUUGAAGGUGCCAGGCGCGGGCACCCUGGGCAUCGGACGCCUCUACCUGCUGGGGUAUCUGCCGCCGGCACUGGUGGUGGGUAUCAGUGCUGCGGUACACCACCGUGGCUACGGAUCACCACGACACUGCUGGCUGCAACUGGAGGGAGGAUUCAUCUGGAGUUUCCUGGGACCCGUCUGCAUCAUAAUCCUGAUUAACCUCUACUUCUUCGUAGCCACGCUCUGGGCUCUGCAGAAACAGCUGGCCACCCUGAAUGCAGAUGUGUCCAUGAUCAAGAACAGAUGGUCAGUCACACUCAUUGCAUCUCUCCUCCUGCUGGCUACAAUGCUCCUUCUUCUGUAAGAUGUGUCUUCUGACAACUUCUUCCCAAUUCCCUGUCCUUUCCCCCUUGCCUGGGACAACUCUGAUGGUCCCAGAUACUACCUGGGGCUUUGCUCUCCUCACUAGCCAGAUGUU